AUGUUUGAACCUCCGGGGGAUACUCCCCUGGCCGACCCUGGAGUCUAUAGGCCUCCACCUCCUAAAGGACAUUAUUCCGGAGACGAGGUUUCGCGAGCUUACACUACUGUAGGUAAUAUAUCCCGUAACCAGUCAGCUAAAGACAUUACUUGCGUCACUCUAUCUAUAGCACCUUUCUGCCACUGGAGAUUACAUGAUGACCCAAUGGGCAGCGACACUAUCCCACUACUUGUGGCAUUUAUCUAA